GCUGUCCUGUACUUCUCCCCAUAUUCCAUCUCAGCAACAUUCAACUGCACAAUAUAACGCUGAGUUUAGAUACCUGUGUACUCAGCUGCAAUCAACGUCAAGAGGCAUCAAGGAGCUAAUGUAAAGGAAGAAGUCAGACAGACAGGGGAAAGCAGAGAGGAAGGGUUCAGAUAAGGCAAGAAUGUAAAAAUAGAUGGAUCAAAUGAAAAGAAAAAGUAAAGACUGCUGAAGAGGGCUGUAAAAAGAAUACACCUCCAGAGGAGCCGGGUAGACGGACAGAAAAAGGUAUCUGGCAACAAGGAAAAGAAGAAGAACACUAACAAGGGAAUAACAACAGAAGAAAGGAGUGACAGAGUCCACUGGAUGUUUCAGCCAUGAACCUGAAUUUGACCUUUGUCUUGUUUCUGCUCCUUCUUCACACUUGUACAGCCAUGGGAGGCAGAGCCCAGCGCAGACAGCGACAAGCUGAGGAGAGCCUGAGACCGUAUAUUGGCAGAGUAGAGCCAGAAAAGCUUUGUGAGCUGCUGAAAUGCCAUAGUCCAGUGGGGUCUUGGUGCCAGGUAGUUCAGGAAAAUGGAGUCCUCGUCCCCAAGUGUGUUUGUCCCCAGUCCUGUCCAUGGCAGAGGGCACCAGUGUGCAGUGUUCUGGGAAAGACAUAUGGGAAUGAGUGUUUGUUGCAUAAAGAAGCCUGCAGAAAGAGACGCCGCACCGGACUGGCUCACACAGGACCCUGUCUGGUCCCCAAGGCCAAAUGCACUGAGGAGGAGUUGAGCCAGUUUCCAUAUCGUCUCCUGGACUGGUUUCUGCUCCUGAGUCGCAGGGAGUCCUACACACCUGCUGCCCUGCCUCAGAACUGCCUCAGCCACGCUCAGAGGACAAAACUGGCACAGCAAAGAUUUACUGUACUGGACAAGAACAAAGACGGCAAAUUGAGCCGCAGGGACCUGAGGAAGCUGCAUUACAAGAGGAUGCCUCUGGAGCACUGUGCUGCACCAUUCUUUCAGUCAUGUGACCGUAACAGGAACAGGAAGGUGACACUGCGAGAGUGGACAACCUGUCUGGUGGAUCGCUCCGAGUCCUGGUUCUACCAUUUCAUGUCAAUGAGAAUGGGUUCCCACGAGCUGUGUCCUACAAUCAAAGAGAACUACCUUUGACUUGAAAAACAGCCAUGAACUCCUGCAUCUCUUUUGUACCGUAAAGAACUCGCUGAAGACAACAUCACCACAGUUAUCUGAUUUAAAAGCUACAGGAUGGCAUCUCUACACACUGUUCACUCUUUCAGUCUGUUUCACUUUGUAUUCGAGCUUGUAAUAUAAUGAUUUAUCAUGUCAUCAAACCUGAAAGUCUGCUGGUCGUCUGUGCUUUCAUGUGUGCUCAAUGGGACAAAUAAAUGGAUGGACUGAC